AUGGCUGAUCAGAUCUGCUCGAGUUGUCAUGAUACCCUAUGGCUGGCAAUCGAGCCAGAUAGCGACGAAGAAGACAGCAAAGCACCUGCCUCAUCACAUUCGGUUCCUGACGAUGUGGAACUCUCAUGCGGUUGCCACUUCCACUGGGAGUGUUUCUUAGAGGCGUAUGCCAUCACUGAAUGCCCAAACUGUAGCAAGGACAUCUCCUCCGUAAGCUCAUCUGGCCAGCAGCAAGUGGUCUGCACUGUCCGUAACGAAGGCGGGACGCAGCAAGGCUACGAUAUUCUGCCAUCAGCCACCGAGGAGGCGUAUCUGCGAACUUACCCCGAGGAACGACGCGGCCAUGCAUAUCUGGAGUUCUGCCGCGAAGGUGAUCUCGAUGCCAUUAUCCACAUGAUCAAGGACACCGACACCGAGGACGACGAUGGCGAGGCAGCCGACGAAGAGAUCGAGGGGUCGGCCUCGCCAGACGUCGACUUUCUCACGUACAGUGGGACCUUUGAGGGAAUACAAGGCUCGGGAUUGCACGUUGCUAUUCGAUAUGGUCGAGAGGACGUUGCGUGGUUGCUGCUGGCACUCGCAUCGCAACUAGAGUGGUCUAAGUUCCCUCCACCGGUACUUCAAGCGAUGGAGAGCCUUGGACUCAGUCGAGAGGAUAGAGUAGCUGCCACAGAGAUUCGUAGUAUCAACGACUCCGAUGGUCGUUCGCCCAAGCAGUUGGCUGAGGAGGUUGGAGGUCCUUGGAGACUCUGGGUUGAAGCUUGCAGGUUUACAGUAUGA